AUGAAGAAAGAAAUUAAAUACUUGGGGAUGUUGAUCGGCCGGAAGUUAUUGUUCAAGGCGCACAUAUGCGAAGCCUCCGCGAAAUCAGAGAGGACAGCGAACCAGCUUGGGCGCCUGAUGUCCAAUAUCGGUGGCCCGAAACAGCUGAGAAGGAGGCUGUAUGUAGCAGUGACACAGUCUGUGUUGUUGUAUGGCGCCCCUUCCUGGGCCUACACGCUAGAAUACGUACCCAGCAACGUAGAGCAGAUAAACCGUGUACAGCGCAAAGCUCUUCUUAGAAGCAUAUGCGCGUACCGUACGGUGUCAGAACCGCAGCAAACAUCUUAUCUGACCACGGAGGCGUGGCGCAAGCGCAUAGAGGAAUCUAAAACUGGAAGCUGGACCAAGCUCCUGAUAUCUGACAUUGAGUCGUGGUGUAGCAGGCGGCACGGAUGCCUGGACUUCCAUGUCACCCAGUUGCUAUCUGGACACGGCUGCUUCGGGCAGUACCUGCAUAAGAUCGGCAAAGAAGAGUAUAGCAAGUGUCAUCACUGCCAGGAUGAGAAUGACACGGCAGAGUACACGCUCUUUGAAUGUCCAGUGUGGGACGAAGAUAGGAGGGAGCUGACAAGCGUGUCUGAUUUUGGAGUGGCACUGAAUCGAGGAAACAUCGUCCCGUUUAUGCUGUUUAAUCUGCAAAGGUGGGAAGCUCUUGCAAUGUAUGCACGAAGGGUUCUCUCCGCCAAGGAAGUUGCUGAACGGGAGAGAGAAAAGGAGGGUGGCCCUCGCGACAGAAGAUUAAGAUUUAAGAUAACGUAG